ACGGCGACCACAGGCACGACGACAACGACGGAAGCCAAGACCACCAGCACCAGUACGUCACUGCCGACAACGCCGUCAUCGCCACCAGCAUCGCCAUCACCAUCGCCAUCACCGCCACCGCCGCCACCGCCGCCACCGUUGUGGCCGUCGGAUAUGCUCGACUGCCCGUGCCCGUGCCACGACAACACCGCGCUGCACGAGGGCCGGCCGUGGGUCGGGUUCAGCAACGCCGGGUACGCGGCGUGCCCGCUGUGCUGGGUGGAGGCGUACACGCGCGCGCACGGCGGCGACCGCCGCUUCGGGCACGAGUGCGAGGCGUACCUGCGCCGCGCGGGGAAGGACCCGCGGGUCCCGCCUUCGAAGCAGUGUUCGUAGGGUUCGGUUCGUAGUAGGAGGAGGACGAUAAUACGAUGCACAUACAUAGGUAGGUACCUAUAUUAGGUACCUACCUUGGUUCUAGGUACCUAGGGUCUUAUGUGCCUAUCCUACAUUACAUUACAUACAUACAUAUAAGAUGCAUACAUCAGUAACUGCUAGGACAGAGGGGAAUGGGAUUGGAGUAGGAAAUGCGAGAUAUGAGAUAAAUGAAAGGGGGGUCUCAAUGGGGGGGAUAAUAGGGGAAGGG